ACUCGUCCGCGGUGAGUUCAGUUCAGCCAUGGUGUGGAUCAUAGUGUCGGUGGUCGUGGGGGCUCUGCUGCUCACGUCGUUUGAGUCGACUCAACGCUCACUCACACCUCUCGCCUGUGCUCUGUGCCUCCCUGCACGUGUGUCCUCCCUCCUUCCCCUCCCCCCUUCCCUCCCUCCCUCAGACUCGUCCGCGGUGAGUUCUGCCAUGCAUGUGGUGACAGCAGCUAGCAUGUUCCACUCACUCCGACUCCCUACCUGCCCGCACGGAAGGCAAACCCUACCCUUCCCUUGCGUCAUCUCCACCCAACCCCUCCCCAUCUCCCGCCCGUCCCCUCCCCAUCCCCUACUCCGCCGCCCUCUCUCCCCUGGACCACCAGCCUGCAACGAGUGUGACGACACCAAGGCCUUCGCUGCAGGAUCCGCCUCCUCCUCCGCCCUGCAAUCCGCACGCACGUCCGGCCCUCUGCCCCCCCCGUCUGCCACCGCCCCCGCUGGUGGCGCUGCAGCGGGGGGAGCGACAGGAACCGCAGCAGGAGGAAGAGGAGGGGGGUUAGGAGGGGGGGAAGGGGAGGGGAAUGGAGGGAUGUCGCUGGUAGAGAGUGUGCGGCAGCAGCUGGUGCGGCCAAUGACCCUCGCAGAGCUGACGGAAGCCACGCAGGGGUUUGCGGAGGAGCGGGAGCUGGGGUCGGGGGCGUACGGCACGGUGUAUCGGGGGGAGGGUGCGGACGGGCAGCAAUGGGCGGUGAAGCGCAGCAGGCUCGUGUCGCGGGACACGAUGCAGGUGUUCCGGAAAGAGGUGAGUGUGAUAUCGCAGAUGAGUCACCGGCAUCUGGUGAAGCUGCUGGGGUACUGUGACACGGACAGGGAGCACAUACUCGUCUACGAGUUCGUCCCCAAUGGCACCCUCGCACAGCACCUCCGCCCCAAACCGGGCGAGCGGUGGGCUGCGCUGUCGUUUGAGCAGCGCGUGGACAUAGCACUGGGCACGGCGCAGGCGCUGCAGUACCUGCACUCGUUCGGCACGCCUGCUAUCAUCCACCGCGACGUCAAGAGCGACAACAUCCUGCUCACUGAUACCAUGCAGGCGAAGGUGUCGGACUUUGGGUUGCUCAAGGACAUGGACGAUGCAGAUGCGGCGACGAGCAAGGUGGCGGGCACACCGGGGUACCUGGACCCUGAGUAUUACCGCACCUUCAAAGUCACCACCAAGAGCGACGUCUUCAGCUUUGGAGUGGUGCUACUGGAGCUGGUCACGGGGCUGCCACCCACCUUCGCCAACCCCAACAAGGAGACCGAGGGCAUGAUCUCACUCGCGGAAUGGGCCUUGGCUCGCCUAGGCCCGGACCAUCUAGAGGCGCGGCUGGACAAAGUCGCAGACGUGCGCAUGGAAGGUCAAUACGUGCGGUCCGCGCUGCGGCAAAUGGUGGAGCUGGGCACGCAGUGCCUGCGCCUACUCGGCAAGAACCGCCCCGACAUGCACGAGGUCGUGUGGCGCCUGCAGGAGGUGCAGCAGGACAUGGCGCUCGCUAGAGGACAAACGGCGCCGCCCCGCAGCCGGAGCGACAUGGAUGCGGAAGAGGCGAUGGCGUAUGGGUCGUUCCCGACUUCGUGGAUUGGGGUGGGGUCGCGGUCACAUGUGGAGGCGGGCGGAGGAGGAGCGGCAGCAGGGAGUGGGGUUGCAAAGGGGGGGCCGGGGGAGCAGCGGGAGAGGGGGGAGUGGGGCAGCGGCAGGGUGUCGUCUAUGCGGAACCCGCAGCUGUUUGUGAAGCUCGGGGGUGGUGGGGGCGGUGGGGGUGGUGGGAAGGGUGUGGAGGGACAAGUAGCAGUGGACAAAAGGGGUGGGAGUAGGCAGGGGAGUGGGGUGACGGGGUCGGGAGGAGGGAGGGGAGUGAGCAGCAGCGGCAGUGGCAGUGGCAGUGGAGUGGUGAUAGAUAUGCGGUUUUCUUCCUCUGCAUCCAUGUACAUGCCUGUGCCUACGGAUGCAGCCAUGCCAGGCAGGAAGGGCCCCUCUAGGCCGUGGGGUGCCUAA